CAAUGACCUUUCAACUUUCAGACAUGCCCAGGCAUGUUUGUGGCGGGAAGUCUUGUUGUUUGAGUUGCCGAUGAUUUAAUCCUUUUACCUGCGUCGUAACACGCGUCAAAACAACAGACGCGCUGGAGCCGGUGGACGUGGACAUGCUACACGAUUACAUGAAGUCUGUGUGAACAUGGACUUGAGUCAGCCAGACUUGAGUCAGAGAGAUGACACGCCGUGCUUCCUGGUGGAGAACUCACAGCAGGAGACCCAGGCUGAGGUAGACUGCAGUGAUGGGGAGGACACCAUCUUCAGACACAAGAUGUUGGCCAGGUUGGGAGCUCUGAGGGACAGCAGCACCAGUCCUAUCAUGGAAGUAGAGAUGAUGGCAAAUGGACACAAAUGCCACAUCACCAUGGCAACUGGUGGACCAGGACAACAGGGAGGUGGCCAGCAUCAUGGAGCAUCAGGUCCUCAAGGUGCUGGGCCCUCUGGUAGCCAAGGUGGGGGAGCAGAGGAUGAUGGGAAUGGAGGAGCAGAGCAAGGCGGUGGAGGGGGUGGUGCUGGUGGAGGAAGAGGUGAUGGAGGUGAUGAUGAUGAUAAUGAUAAUGAAGAGGAAGGAGCAGGUGAUGAUAGCCAUCACGAGGAGGAGGCAGACACAUCAACAUCCACUCCUCAAAGUAGUGGAAACAGCAGUGGCAGUAGGAGCUCCCUGCCUGGACUUGUCCGGCCCAUCCCCAGCAUCGUCACACCUGUAAAAGUCAUCCCUGUACAUGAGAUACAGGAGAGUGAGGAGGGGGACAUGUCUGCUUUAUCAGAAACAGAGGGAAGACAUGAAGUAGACCCAGGGUCAUCAGAGAGUGAAGGUCUGGGUGGACUGAGUGAAGCAUCCACAGCUCUUGUGACUGACUCAGAAAUGUCUCCUGCUUACAAGAGUGUGCCUCAUCUAACCAGUCCUGGCCCCAGCAAGUUGAGUGGCAGUAGUUCUAGCGGCAGUGUCCAGUUACAAUCCUCCACCAUCAGCACUAUCAGCUCCUUCACUAGCAGCUCCAGCGGUAGCAGCCAUACGGAAACACCCUUAAAAAAGUCUCCCAGAAAGACUCCAAUCAAAUCUCCAAGAAAAGAUAUUAAGCACCUCAGUGAAGCACAAGCCGCAGGUAUCAAGGUGUCUCCAUUAAAGGGCAAAACAAAGUCACCAAAGAAGUCCCCACACAAAUCUCCAAGGAAGGCAGGCCAGGGAUAUGUUCAUGGAAGAUGUCCAGAGACCCCAAGAGGAGCAUGUCCUAUCCACCCCAGCUGAGAACCUGGGCUGUCUGCAGCUCUCAGGAGAACCCAUGUUGGUACAGGACACCAGUCUGUCAUCAGAGGGAGGUUCUGAGACUGUGAUCUCCCCAUCACCAGAGGCGUACGGCCACACCCCACACAUCAUCCCAUCAUCACCAACAGGGGAAACAGAGGAACAAGAUAAGUCUUUGGAAGUUGCAGAAGACCCUCCUGUUCCAUCAUUACAAGGAUCAUCACACAAUUCUGCCCAGUCUCAGCAGGAACUUGUAGAUCAUCCAUGGCAGCCCAGUGAACCACAAUGGUCUCAGGAUCUGCUUGCACCAGGUCCUGAUGGUGAGGGACCAAGUGGGACCAAGUCUGCGGACAUGACCAAGGACUCUACCAGCAGGCCUCCCUCCCUUCACCUGCAGCUCCCAGAUACAGAACUAUCAUCAGAACAUGAUGAAAGCAUCUCCCAGGAAGUGAGCAACAAAGGUCGUCCAUCUGUAUCUACAGAACAAACCAAAGCAGAGGGACUUCAAGACAAUAAGGCUGCAUCUUCAUCAUCAUCCUCUGGAAGUAGUCAGACUGGUAGGAAGAGUGAAAGACAGGAGUUGAAACAAACAUUAGACUUCUUGAAGGGUAUGUUUCCUAGUCUGGAUGAAGACAUACUAAUCAGCGUUUACAAGGCACAAAACUGUUUGCUGGAAGCUGCCAUUGAGCAGCUUCUAGAGAUGAGCCAAGGGAGUGGAGCAAUCGGGGUGUCAGUGGAAAUGCGAGAGGACGUUCAAACACAAGGCAAACCUGAAAGUGUGACGGUCAGGGUGCAAUCAGUAGAAAAUCCUGAAGAUGUCUUGCAGACGUCUGGAGGAGACGUUGCUCAGAAGAAAAAGGUUUCACUUUGGGAAUUGGCGAGUACCAGCAAAGAUGACCCACAGACAUCCUAUAGCCAGGUUGAAAUGAUUGAAGAGGAUGCGGACCAAGAAAAAGAAGAUGUCAGAAAGUCUGAAGAUGAUGAAAAGCAAGUCAGAACAGAGGACAUUGCAGUACAAGAGGGUGAAGGCAGGUCUUUGCAAAGGGAAGAUAUCACUGAUGAACAAGAAGAAGGCUCUGAUGAUGUGCAAGACAAUUGGGCACUUCAUUUUACCCCAUCUUUAGAUGGUUCCCAGUCUCAAAACGUGCAAAGUAGGGUGAGAGAAAUGGUUGAGGAUUUAGAAGACCAGUCGACGGAGCCAGAGUUAGCACCAAGUCAGCUGCUCUUCCUACCUCAAGGUCAAGUUACUAAACAGCCAGUGGGACCAGCUCCUACCGAACAUUCCAAGGAAGAAGUAGAAGACGUACAUGUAGGUGUCACAGACACUAGUUCCCAAAAAGAUGAAGAAGCAGGCAACGGUCCAGAUGUAGAAGAGGAAGCUGAUAUUUCAGUUGCAGAAAAGGAAGAUUCCUCUGUUGAAGUUGUUCUUUGUGAUACUGAAAAAGAGGAGACACCAAGAGAGAGCAGGGCUACACCAUCAGCACAGGCCAACAACUCAGAGUCCUCAGUUCCAUUUCACCUUGCCCUCCCCAAAGAUGGAGGGCUGUUCCGACCAAUUGCCACCACCCCUCCCCUCAUGAAGGCCACGCGACCCCGCCUGCCCAGACACAGCACUCCUGUCCCUGACUACACAGAGUCUCCCACUGACACAACCCCGACCAGUGCAGUCACUAGUGCUGACACCACCCCAGAAGGGAAUGGUAGUGUCUUUGCUGACCCAGGUACCAGUGGUGGGCAGGGACUAACCACUGCAGCCAACAGGGGUGGACAGCCUGGGGAAGGGGCUCCACUACAGAUGAGGAUGGGAGCUGUGCUGGAGAGUCAGUCUGACCAUACACAGGAGGACAAUCAGCCGCCUCUCUUUCAGCUACAAAAACCCCCAGAACUUGAUGCCGACCAGCUGAAGGCCAUCAAAGAGAGUCCCAGCAAGCUCCCCUCCCUCUUCACCAGGGUGAGGGAGAAAGUGCGAGCCCAGCAGGAGGAACAGGACAGCAGCUCUGAGGAAGAUGAUGCACCCGGGCCAGCAGACAGUGAAGACUUGUUUGAUCCUCCUGUAAGCAGCAGGAAGAAAGGACAGAAGGUUAAAGGUCACAGGAGGAGGCCGGUUCAGUUAUUGGACUCUGAGGAGUCAGAGAUGUCAGUACAGAAGACUGAAGGGCACAUUGAAGGUAAUGAGAUCAGCCAGGCAGAUGUGAUGGACGUGGAAGAAGAAAAAGUUGAUGUUUCUCUGGCACAGCACACGUGUGGAUUAUACCAAGAGACGUUGGCACGGGCGGAAGUAAAGGCAGAAGAACAAGAAGAGGCACCUGCGGAAGCAAAUGAUUCCUGUCAAUCAGCAGGCAGGGAGCGGCCUAUGGAUCGCACAUCUGGAGAGACGGAGGAGGCGAUCCAGCCUCUCAAAAAGUCACUGUCUACGUCAUCUAAUGCAGACACACUUGAGUACUGGAGAAGUAGUGAAGAGGGAGAGCAGGUGCCUGGGCAUCAGGUCCCUGAUGAUGAGAGUGAGAAAAGAGGACAGAGAAAAGAUGAAGCAAGUGAUGGCCAUGCACAGGUAACCAAGAAAAGAAAAAGAUCCCCAACUACAGCAGAGACGGUUGCUGCACCUGACACUGCUGGAAAAGAUGAGAGGCCAACUUUAACAGGAGAUCCAACGACUCCUGAAAAACUUUCAGCAGAAGAGAAGGAUCCUUAUGAGUACACCUCACAGGUGAGCCCGAUUCUGGACAGGAGAAAGAGGAGGCAUGUGGUUGCAGCAGGUUUGGGGAGCCCACCAGCAUCCAUCCCCACAUGGAGGGGCCCUUGUACACAGACAUCCUCAGCUACCAGGGUGGUGGGGGUACAGGCAAAUACGCAACCAUCACCUACAACAACGGUGAAGACAAAAACGAAAGAUAAACAGCGCAAAUCUGCCAAACUCAGAGCACAUGGUGGGGGAACCUCCCCAUCAGGACGUGGUUCAACCCCUAGUGCCCAAAGUACAAGUAGAGAGGAGGGACAGCCCACUGGUGGAGAUGGGGGUGAGGAAAAGGAGGAGGAGGGAGGGGAUGGUGAGAGGAUCCCAGGAGAUGGAGAUGGGGAGGAGGGGCAGCCACCCCGGAAGAGGGUGAAAAUUGACGAGGACAAUGACACUGAAUCUGCAGGAGGGGAAGAGGAGAGCCCACCCCAGUAUGUCCGUGAGACUACCAUCACAACUAUCACUGAAACAAUUGUCAAGAGAGUUAUCACAGAGAAGAUCAAACGAGGUCAGAAAAUUGUGGACUACCAAGUGAUAGAGGAGAUGGAGGAGCCAGUAGUAGACAUAGAGGAGGAAGUGUCCAUCUCACCAAGUGUGUCCAGAACUGGCAGCUCACUGAUGUCAGGAGAACUAGCAGACAUCAGCUCCCUGUCUACAUCAGCUUCAAAAUCAUCUCCUUCAAGCUUGUCUAAGAGCCUUAGCUCAUCCAGCUUGAGUAGGACUAACAGUUCUGGUCCUAGCCUGGCCAGCCUAGAGAGGACCUCCUCCAGCCAGUCCAAGUCCUCCAGCUCCUCCCCUGGGACAGGGGGAGGGGACAAGGACCAGGAGGGCUUCACCAAACCUGUGGGGUCACCCAGGAGAAGGAGGUCAGGGAUAGGCAGUCAGCUUCUGGGUCAACAGUCAAAGGUCACAAGUGGGAGUCAAAGGUUGGAGGUCAGUGAAACUGGAACACAGACAGAGGCUGCUGGAGGCAAAGAUGCAAAGGACAAGGGUAAAGGUGAAGGAGGGAGUAGACCAGAAGGAGAUGAAAAGGGGGAGAAAGAACAACAGUCUAGAAGAAGAAAGAGUAGUCGUACGAGACAGACAGAAACAGUGAGUCCAGAAGAGCCCGGGAGGGAAACUGACUCUCCUAGGAGAGCGUUAAGAUCAGGUCAGGCAACAGCAUCAGCCUCAGCUGUACAGAAGACAUCUGACAGCACAGAAGAAGAGACAGGCAGACACAGCAGAACUAGAACAGCUGGCCCCUCUGGUAAGGACAGUGACAAAACUGCAGAAGAGGAGAUAGUAGAAGAAGGAGCAGCCGUACAACCAUCUCCGAAGAAGACUCCAAGAGGUAGGACACCCAGUGGAAGAACAAGGGGAAGUCCUAGAAGAAGAGGUAGAAGAGGUGGAGCUUCUGCAGGUAGCAGGUCAUUGUCUACAGAAAAACUUUCUAAAAAACCACAAGGUCGAAAGGAAAGCAGGAGUAGCUCAGCAGCAAGGUCGUCAAGGUCGUCUAGAGGGCAUGAGAGUGACGAGCAGAGCAGUGACAGUUCUGAGGAGAGGGCAGGAACUCCCGAGAUUCCCUUUCAGGGGGUGCAGCAGAGGCUGUCUGGCAGAAGUGAGAAACCACAAGAGGAUACGAGUAGAGAAACUGUAUCCUCGGACAGCGGCAGCUCCGAGCCGAGGGAGGGUGCUCGCGUGAUGGCCCUGCUUGUGAGUGACAAGCACUGGUACCCUGGUGUCAUUCUCAAGACUUUGAAAAAUGACAGAUAUCUUGUCAGGUUUGAGGAUGAGGAUGAGACUACCGUCCGUCCGAGGGAGAUCGCAGCCAGGAACAUGAUGGUGGUGUCCCGCCUGCCCGUUAACACUGCUGUCCUGGCUAGUGUAGAGGAUGUGCAGGACUGUGUCUACGCGCCAGGUAUUAUUCGAGGUUACCAUCACAAUGGAGAGACUGGAGAAGAAGAGUACCUGGUGGAAUUCAAUGAUGGAUCCACUGUCAGAGCACCCCAUGCCAAUGUGAUCCUGAACCCAGAACAGGCAGCGGCGUACCGGGCUCAAGUCAUGCGAGUUGCUGAAGUGUCUGCCUCUGUUUCUUUGGACAAUCUCGUGACUGGGAAGAGGAAGAGACCUGGAGCAGUUAAGGAACAGAAAACUCCAGACAGAGGAAGGGCAACAAGGGACACAGAAUACAGCUCUGGAGGCACAAGCAGUAGCAUAACAACCCCAAGGGGACCACAGACUAAGAGGAGGAGGGUUAUGGAGGAGGCUGGGGAGAUGGACACAGGGACAGGACAAACACCUAAACCAUCUACUUCUUCCCCUGUCAGAGGUGUCCCCACCCUGCCUGCAGGUAUAAUGGACAGUCCCCAGACCCAGUCUGCCCGUCGCUCCUUGCGUAGCCAGGAAGACGCAGUUGAUAUUCCACAUACAGAGCAACUGGGUCCCCUCCCCACCAACAGAAGGUUGUUCAGAGGCUGUGCCUUCAUCCUAACGGCUGCACCCAAAGACAAGGCAGAGAGGGCCUCAGCCGCUGCCGAGUCUCAGUCCAGUGAGGACAGUGAAGAGGAAGUGAGCACACUGCCCUACAGUAAGAGUCAUGUCCAACGUCAGAUCGAGCAGGGUGGAGGGAAGGUCUACGAGGACUUCAAGAGGAUGCAGGAGAGGUCGAAAUCCACCCAUCUCUACUUGAUAGCGGACAGCUUCUGCCGUACCAAGAAGUACUUCCUGUCCCUGGCACACGGCAUCCCCUGUGUGUCUCACCAGUGGAUCAGGGACAGCUGUAGUCAGGGACGUCUACAGGAUUAUAAGGCUUACCUUCUACCAGCUGGGAGGAGUCUGGAGACCAGGAACACCAUAGAAUGGGUCCCACGAGGUCGGAUUUUCCAAAACAUGGAUGUGCUGGUGGUCUCUGAAAGCAGGGACUUCAGAGACGUGUGGGCAGACAUUCUGGUAGCUGCUGGAUGUGUCAUGGCUAAGAAGGUGUCCAAGGAGGAGGCAGAAAGUGCCCCCCUGGACUGCGACCUUGUGGUCAGUGACCCCUCCUGUCCUGGGGCCCUUGUGCAGAGGGCUGGGCAGCUGGGAGUCCGCGUGGUGUCCACGGAGUGGGUCAUCCAGUGCCUGAUCCAUUCGCACAGAGUCGGGUACACAGGGCAUGCCAAGUACAGGCACGACUUUAAGGACUCAUGAUCAGUCUUUAGCAUAAUCAUGUGACCAACAAGUGUAUAAAAACUUUCAUGAUCACUGCCAAGGCAAGGAAAUAUGGAUACAACCAUUAAACAUCAACCAUACCACCUAAAGUUUGAGUAGCAAUUUUAGCAUUAUAACUCUAAGGAUCUCUUGAAAAGUGUGACUGAUUACUUGACCAAGAGUAGAUGAUAGGAGUAACACCUUUUUAUGACAAGAAUGAUGUAUGUAUGUAAAGUAUUGAAGAGGAGUUUAAAAUCUUGUGGAGUAUUUUAAAGCUUAUGGUGCUGUUUACUUAAGUGUAGAACAUUUAUUACAUUUAAUUUUAUUGAUUUUCAACACUGUCUGACAUUAUCAAUGUUUCCCAUUAGAGAUAUGUUGUUACAGUGAAAUGAACCACUGUACUUUUUAAUACCUGCAUAAUCAGUAAGCAAACCUUCUGAUGCAUUUUUGCGUUGUUACUACAAGAUGAUAUCUCCCAUCAUGUAAAGGAUGUCAUACUGUACUGGCUAUUGUACAUGCACUUUCAUGUAAUGUUGCAGUCAGCAAAUCGUUAUUAAAAUGUUCAAGUUGCUUAAU